AUGACCAUCGACGACCUCCGCUAUUUCACUCAACUGCGAGCGACUCACCCUGAGCUCACGGACUCGAUGUUACUCAAUUCCAACAACUCAUCCCAAUUCUCCACCGAACCUGACGUAGUCGUGGCAGGAGCCGGUAUCUUAGGUCUCUGUUACGCCAUCCAUCUUAAAAACAUCUCCCCGCACCUGAAUAUUGCGGUGUACGAAAAGAAUCAGGCACCGGUACAAAAGAUCGGUGAAUCAACCCUUUCGUCCUUCUCCAGAUUCACCACUGGGGCCGUGAUGGCUCAGGACUACUUCUUUCGCCUGUUUGGGUUAAAGGAUGGGUUGCAGUUCUACUGCAUAGAUCGAGAAGGAGUGGAGGUCUCAUCUGAAGAUAUUGGAGGACUAGAUUUGUCCUUCCAACUGGAUCGUCGUAUGUCAGAAUUGUUCUUCACGAUGUGGGCGCAAAGGAUUGGUAUUAAUGUAUACCAUGGCGUCGAAGUUGAUUUCGAUGUUGCAGGAAGCGUACAAGAGCAUUCUGUAAGUACGUUUAACGUCAAGUUGAAGAAUUUCCCGAAGCCUGGGGUGACAGAGGUCGACGCUAAGAUAGUCUGUGACGCUUCUGGAUUUUCCAGGAAGCUGACAUCCAAGUUCGGGAACAAAGAAUUACUCGACGGGUGGAACUGCGAUGCUUACUGGGCGUACUUCAAAGAAAAGGAAGGCGGUAAAGCUGAGAAUCGCUUGGACCAUUGGGACUAUCCUGCUACGAAGCACAUGUGCUUCCCAGAGGGUUGGGGUUGGUUCAUUAAACUCAUCUCGUGGCAUCAUGCUCCUCUUGCUAAUCUCAUGGACCUCGUUGCCUAUAUCAUCAAUAAAGCUAAGAGUGGUGUUCCCGCUCAUGCCAUCCCACCUACCAAAAUUCUUUCCGAGAUGUUUAACUGUCCGUUCGAGUUCAUCACCUCAAUCGGAUGGGCGGUCAGGAAUGAUCACGAAUUCCCCGAUAACCUUGAGGAGUACGGUGAUGGCGAGGGCGAGCGAAAAUUUAAUUAUUUCAAGGUCCGAUAUCCGACCUUAAACAAGUUGAUGAAUGGGGUAUACGAGCUUCUUCCCAAGUAUUACGGAAAACAGACUUACUUUGUGCGCAAGUCAAUGACUUACCGCAGCCCUGUUGUCGCUGGCGAAGGAUGGUUCGCAAUCGGAAACUCUGCGGGUUUCACGAACCCUUUGAUCUCACCCGGGAUCAACGCCGGUAUAGGGACCUCUGUUCUUGCCGCUAACAUGUCAAAAGAGAUCCUAGACCAACCACCGGAGCAUUCUCGUGCGGUAAUGAAGAAAUGCGCUGCAUCGUAUCAAACCUAUAGCCACGAAUUCAUGAUCCCUCGACUUCAUCUAAUGAAUCGUUACUGGUACAACAGUUUCCGUGAUCACAGACUGUUCGAAGUAAUGGUUCCAUGUUUCUGGACACUAGGAGUUGAUGAUAUAGAUAGUCAGUACGUGAAUGAGUUCACUGAAGAGGACGUGUAUUGGGUCGUUGGAGUUGGACAUGAUGAUUUUGUGGAUCUCAGCAGAAAGAUCCUGGAUAUCUUGGAACCUUCAACGAACAGGAUGACCGUGAAUGAAGACAAAGUAGAACAGGCUCGGGCGUUGGCCAAGCAAUGCAUGGACUACCGUAAGGAGCGUUUCCCAGGAAACGAGUGGGGAAAGUAUCUUCGAAGGCACGACUGCAAGCUCCAGCUAGUUCCGGAGAAACACGAAAGAAUGCCUGGAGGUCGUUGCUUCGGAAUUCGGUGUAUAUCAUGUAAGGUCUGGAGACAUAACAAUAUGAACGCAUGUCCUGUAUGUGGGGCAUGA